CUCGCUCUUCUCCCGCCGUCUCCUCCUACCCGUAAACUUGUAACUCCUCCCUCUUUCCCUCCCUCCUCCUCCUUCUCUUCUUCUUCUACUUCUUCUUUCCACCUCUCUUCUCUUUUUCUUUCUCUCUCUCCUCCCCUCCCCCUUCCCUUCUAUUCUAUCAAUUCGUCUCCUGCCCGACAUGACUGUACAUCCCGAGUCCCUCGAGGACUUCGAGUACAUUGAAACUCCUCCCGCCUCGUGUACCACUCCCGCCGACGAUUGCGGUGUGCGCACGACUUCGUACCCGGCCAUCAAAAAUGCCCCAGUACCGGCCGAUUCCCCUGGAAGCGAUAGCUUUUCCAACACUUUGUUGUUUGCCUUGUUGUUGCUCAUUCCGUGGUACUUCGCUCGUCAAGUUGGCGGUGGCUUCUACACCACCAUCUUCUUCGCUAUCUUUACCACCAUCCCCAUCCUAAUGGCCUUUUGGACCGUGGCUUCCUCCAUCUCUCCUCGCAAGAACGAAAAGGCCAAGUAUGCCGGUCGCCCCGUCGAGUAUUACCUCAACUUUCACAGCGAGCACGACCGUGCCGCUUAUCGUGGCAAGAGCAAGAUCCCCAUGGAGGUUUUCUACGAGAAGUAUUUCAAUGGUGAGGUAGAAUUCAAGGGUGACGCUCUGGAAGCCCUCGAGUUCAGACACGACUGGGCCAACUUCCGUUUCACCAUGGGUCUAUUCAAGCAUUUCCUUUUCGGUUUCAUCCCUGAGAUGAUCAUGCACACUCGCUCCCAGGAUGAGGAACAAGUUCGUGAUCACUAUGACCGCGGUGAUGACUUUUACGCUUGGUUCUUGGGUCCCCGCAUGAUCUACACCUCGGGAAUCAUUAGCGAUAUCAACCGUGAGGAGACCCUUGAGGAACUCCAGGAUAACAAGUUGGCUGUGGUGUGUGAGAAGAUCGGAAUUCAACCAGGUGACACCGUUCUUGAUCUUGGUUGCGGCUGGGGUACUCUGGCAAAAUAUGCUUCGGUUCACUAUGGCGCUCAGGUCACCGGUAUCACUCUCGGUCGUAACCAGACUGCCUGGGGUAACAAAGGUCUCCGCAACGCCGGUAUUGAAGAAUCACAGAGCCGUAUCCUGUGCCUCGAUUACCGUGACGCUCCCCGGGUCAACGGAGGUUAUAAGAAAAUCACCUGCUUGGAAAUGGCCGAGCAUGUUGGUGUCCGUCAUUUCACUACAUUCUUGUCUCAGGUCUACGACAUGCUGGAUGACGAUGGAGUGUUCUUCCUCCAGAUCGCUGGUCUGCGUAAGUCCUGGCAGUAUGAAGAUCUCAUCUGGGGUCUUUUCAUGAACAAAUAUGUCUUCCCCGGAGCCGACGCUAGUACCCCCCUUGGUUUUGUCGUUGAUCGACUGGAGGCCGCCGGAUUUGAGAUCAAGGCUGUCGAUACCAUUGGUGUUCACUAUUCUGCCACCCUCUGGCGCUGGUACCGGAACUGGAUGGGCAACCGUGAGAAGGUCGAGGCCAAGUACGGAAAGAGAUGGUUCAAGAUCUGGGAGUACUUCUUGGCUUACUCUACCAUCACCUCUCGCCAGGGUGGAGCCACGUGUUGGCAACUUACCCUUGUCAAGAACAUUAACUCCACUCACCGUGUUGAGGGCAUCAACCGUCAGUUCGGUCUCAUCGGUGCCCGUCAGUCCGCUAUCGACAGAGUUGGUCACGGGGUUGUCCCAAGCGCUCACGUGCCCAAGAAGGUUUAGGAUGGGCCUUCUGGCAUCCUUGCUAUAGGUAGGUGCAUCUGGCGCCUACACACGACAAGUCUCUAAGUUACAAGUUGUGAACACGGCGGCUUUCGACUGACUUGACAGAAAAGAACAUGGUCUCUGGACUUCUAAUGAUGGAGACCUAAGGAAUAAUGAGAUGUUGAAAGAAAAAUGGGGGUGGGGAUUGAAAGGGGGUCGGGUCUAUUCAAAGGACAUGAUUGUGGGCAGAUCGCGCACUGGAAUGACGAAGUGAAUUAUGUACGAGGGUUCUGAUGUAUAUAACCAGUCCGGCUCCAAGAAAAGCAAGACGGCUGUGUAGUUCAUACAGAACGGCAUGUAUUAAUGAAUUAGACAAGCGCGACG